AUGUUUCCUGUUUUCUGGCGAACACGGCGGCCGCCUGCUGCUCCGAGGCCCGCGUCAGCGCUUCUGCCUUCGUCCGACCCCCCGACCGGUCUCGACUCUCAUUCCGCCCCGGUCAUCCCCGUCCCAGACACAUCUGCGAACUCGCCAGUCUGUCCAGCUUUCGGAGGCGUGUCUGUGCCUUCGGGCCCUCACGGAGGGAGCUCGAGCGUCCAGAGACGGGAUUCGCGAAGUUCUUCUCUCAUCGGAGAGGGCGAAGGCGGAGUUGGAGCCAGCGCGGAAGACAGCCGGGGCGUGUGCUGGCUGAGUUCGGUAGGGAGCGUUCCUUCGAUCAGCGGGCUCGAUUCGAACGCGAGUUCUCCGCCUGUCUCUCAUGGUCACUCGGAGCCCGACGCAGAUAGCAACGAGAGCCCAAGCGAUGUAGACGAGGCGAUCGAUCAACUGCAUUCCGCGUCUUCUUCGAGACCAGCUGGGGCAGAGCACUCGGGACAAACACAUGCACGCGAGACUCCUUUCCGUUCGAGCCCAACCAGGCACGACGGCGUCGACAACCUCUUAAAGACUCCCGGGCCGGAACCCGAAGGCGCGCCACCCUCAGCGGAAAGCGUCGCCGCUGUGUCGAGUCCCCGUGCCGCUGGAAGGCCAGCACGUUUCGCCACGCCUUCCCUCUCUCUGUCGCAUUCCUGUCCUUCAUCCGAUGCAGGCGGCCGAGGACCAGAAGCAAGCCGCUCUGUUCACGCUUCGUCCACAGCAUCUCGACUGUCCUUGGAGGCGACCUCUUCGGGUUCCGGAGGCGACUUCUGCGUUGUUGAACGGAAUGUGGGCGGCACGGGAAGCGCUGCCUGGGUAGCCAGUGGGGAGGGCGCGGGAGCCUCGCCCAGCGCUUCGAGGCUACAGCCCUCUCUGCUCCGCUCCGUGACUCCGCCGCGAGAACCGCACGGCGCCUCGCGUCCUGCUCGGCCCACUUCCAAAGGGGAGGCGGAUGAGAGAAAACUCUACAUAAAUUCGGCCCGGGAAGAAUCCCGCGUGUCCAGUGGAAUGGGGGACUCCGACUACGUCGUUGAGCCCCCGCUGACGUACGUCCAGAUGCUUCCGGAGUCACGCAGCAGGAGAGAAGACACGCUUCGUUUCUUUCCUCUGCCGAAGCAGUGUUUCUCGCAAGUCGCCGUUCCCGAGGUGGACGCCCAAUCGCUGGUCAACCGUGACGACACCCAUCUGAAUCGAAGCGUCGCAGGGACCACGCACGCGACUUGGUUGGUCAGGAACGCGGAAUAUCUCGCUCCUGACCCAGCGAGAAGCAUGGGGGAGACCGGCGAGGGAACCACGCUCGGUUCGUGGCGGGCCAUGUCUCCUAGUGGAGCCCGCGACGAAGCGGGCAUAUCUGACCCGCGACUCAGAGAAGCUUUGAGUCGGCCCCAGCAGCGCGGACGACCUGGCGAGCCGGAGGGCGCAACUCCACCAGAGCCGGCUGUUACAGCUUUGCAUUCCGUGCAUUCCGGGGCCGCGCGAACCGACACAGGUUCUCGGAGGCCCAGAGUGCAGCCUCUAGAGCGCGACGCGAAGGAGGAAGGCGGACGAACGGAGCGUGGAGCGGCGAGGACGGUGGCGCACCACGCGGAGGGGAAUCCGGAAUCCCCGGCGGCAGCCUUGUCCGGAAGUUGGUAUUCGUUUCACCGAGAGGCCUCAGCGGGAGAUGGCCUCAGCCAUGGGCGCCGCUUUUCGCGUUUGUCGCCUCCCGAGGGCGGCGAAGACGACGCGGCCGCGUGGGGAGGAGACUCUCUCCCUUCUGUUCGAAGGCACACGAGCAGUCCUGCGGCAAGCGCGGAGGGCGGCGCCACCGGUCUUGUGCAGGCUGCUGUACUUCUCUGGGAAGGACGGUUGCAGCAACAGGUGGAGAAUUCGCCACGUCGGGAGGGAACCCCGAGAGACGCAUCUCAUCUUGGUAGUCUUUCACCAGUGCGUGGAGGAGGAUCCCAGAGGGGUCGGAGUGUGAAAUCUAUCGGUUCGCCCUCUCCUCGCUGCAGUGUGCGAGACGCCGCCAUCGGCACCAGCGACGGGGUGGGCGCGAGCAGUGGCUAUACACCUCACGCCGAACUGGCGUCCGUCGACCCCCGGGGGAAUCGACACCUUCAGUCUUCACCGCCCGCCGUUCCAGGUCCAGCCCCCAGCCCCAAUUUCCCUGUCUUUUCUCGGUGGGGAGGCGACCAGAGUUUGUUUUACCGACGGCGGCUCUUGGUCGGCACUGACUGCGGGCCGUCCAGCGUUCUCCAGUUGCUUCUUCCCCCCGACAGCAGUUCGGUGUCUCACGUGAAUCACCUGGUUCGAUCGACCGCCGAGGAAGACGCAGGCUCGAGCGGGCGUAGCGGCGCAGCCGCGGAGGCGCGCUCUGGCGACAAGAGCGAGUUUUAUUCCGCUGUGCAGCCGGGCGUGAAAUGCGUUGCGGUCGGAGGGGUCGGCGACAGCCUUCCGGGGCAGAUGGCCCCUGCCCCGUUCGGGUGUCGUUACACCGCCGGCUUGGCGGGGCCGACGCGGGGACUUUCCUUCAGCGAGCCGGCCCGCAACAUUGCACUCAACGACUUCUCGAGCGUCAGCACCAUUCUCAGCGAAGUUCAGGAAUGCGAGAGUACCCGGGAUGACGGGAAUGGCGCGAGGCAGGCAUUCCGGACUGCCCUCCUCCGACAGGUCCAGAGCAAGCUGGAGAAACAGUGCAAGAGACGCUUCCUGGGCAAAACGCACCGCUUCAAUAUUCUGCUGACUGGUGAAGGGCAAUCCGGGAAGACAACGCUUCUUAACGAGAUGUUCUCCCAUAUCCACGUCGUUCUAUGGCUCUUGAAACCUGCCGAGGGAACCUUGUGUCCGAAGACAGUUCUGAUGCUCCGCCGUCUGAGAAUGCUUUGCUGCGUCUUCCCGGUCCUCUCGAUGAGCGACACCGUUGAUGUUUCGCGCCUCGGACGCUACCGGGCGCGUCUCCACGUGGAGCUGACUGGUGCAGGCAUCAGUCCCCCGCAUGAGUGGCUUUUCGGCGAAGGCGCGGCUGCUCCGAGCUUUGCAGUGGAAGUUCCUGGUCCAACAUCCGCCCACGGGUGUUCUCCGUCUCCGGGAAGUCUGUGCCGCCCAGGUUCCCAGGCGUCUCAAAACUCGCGAGUCCGCUCCGAUGCCGACCAAGUUCUUCCGGAUCCCCGCCGCCAUCCAACACGUGACAUGAACUCCACGUGGGUCGGCCCGAUUCUUCAGCUGCCGUGGGUCGGACCAAACGCGGGGACGGCGGGGCGAGCAGGAGCUCUGCCCCGUCCGCUCACUGAAACUGGGUGUCUGCCGCAGGCCGCCGGCGUCGCGAAGCCGAGCCGCGCGCAUGUUCCUGGCCUCCAGCGCAACGCCUCCCGUGUUGAAGAUGGAUGUGAGGCGUCCAGCUGUCAGUUCUCUCAAGGUCCGCAUCGGGGCAGACGCGAUGGGCAGAACAGCGGAGAAAACAGUCAGGGACACGACAGAAGCCAGCAGAGUAGCGAUGGCGGCAGCGGCGGAUCUGACGACUCUAACGAAAAGAAUCCCUCAGAUUCGUCGCCGACUCCCAGCGCGCUGGGCUUGGACGCGGGAAGUAGUCCCAUCGGUUUCCGGAGCAGCGGGGUUGCCCGUGACGAAAAGGAAAGAUCUCGCGACGGAAGGGAAAGUCUAGGCGAAACAAAGAUAGGGUGCGGCGGUUGCACGUGUGCGGAACGAGAAGACAGACUGGGUUUCAGAGGACGCGGCGUGCUUGAGCAAGCAGGGAAGGCUUCGUCGACCAAGGACUCGGAUUCGCUUCCGUCGAGAUUCGCUUCAGGCAACAGUCCAGCAGAGAGCCCGUGUUCCCAAGGCAGUGCGUCGCCGGUGCGUCCCGUGGCGGUGUUAGAUCCAUCCGGCGGCCGGCCGUUGGUACAGGACGCCUCCGCAGUGUCGUCGCUCGAGUCUCUCGGCGCGUCAUCAGGCUGGAUGGCCUCUGUCCAUCGUUCUGCCUUGGCGUUUCCGCUACUGCUGGACUGUAGCUCGAGUUUCCUACAGCACGACACCCGGUACGGCUACCCGCGGUUCGAAGGCGUCCCGCCUUCCUCUCCGGCCUUCCUGCGCUUGUUGCUGGUGGAGGGCAGUGCUUUGUUGCUGCUUGAUGCGGCCAAGGAGAAAUGCUUUUCGCCUUUUUACAAGCUUUUCUGGUCCCGCGAGGAAGCGCAGCAACUCAACAAAAAGAAUGCCUUAACCACGUGGCAACAGCACCAGGCGCCCGCCCUUCGUCGGCUCGAUCACCUCCGACUUCUCUUGACGGAGUUGCGCGGCCAGUCGUUCAGGCAAGGCGUGGCGACCCAAGCUGGCGUGGGGGAACUGCCAGGUUUCAGGCACCAAGACAAGCCCAGCGAACUGGACAGGAGCAAAACGGGAGGACGAGGCGGGAAGGACGUUCGAGUGGGACCGGGCACGGAGCGAGAAGAGACACGAGAAAAGGACGACAGCGUUGCUCCAGGGUAUGAACGGUGCACAAUCCAGACUGCACGAGAGAAGACUCUACCCCACGGGAGAGACGAUUCCGAACGGAAGCGGGUGCUCCAAGAGGCGCGUCAACUGGAAAUCCAGAUCAGACGACUUCAACAGCAAAUCGAGGUCGUGCAACGGGAACAACGCGAGAAGCAAGCGAGGGUACUUGAGCGGCAGUUGGAGAAGCAGCAUGAGGACACGGGAUUAACUUGGCCGGAUGAGGAAGAAACACGGACUGCGAAAAAAGACUCAAGCAAUCGACGCGGCGAAGGAGAGCUGGGCGGCGUUGUGCUCCAGGUGACACAAAUGGGCCUCGUCAGCGCCGUCAUGGUUGGUGUGGGAGCUCUGAUUUUCACGUCGAUAAAAAAGGGAGGGUGA